AAUUCCAAAAACAAAUAACAUCCUUUAGAUUCUGCACUCGAAAAAACCUCGUAUACUACAGUGUAUGCCACCAGGGUAUCCGUAUGCUAUAAGUCAUGUCCCAAAAACAACCUCAAAAGUCUCGGUUGCAUUAACUUGCAUCACCCAAUCCUCGUGCUCAGUUCGCCGGCAGUUGUCACGUCCUGAGACCCAGAAACAAAGCAUUGACGAAAUGCGUGAGAAGCUUCCAGAGACGAUAAACUUCCCCCAGGAGGAGCAGAAGAUCCUGAAGUUUUGGACAGACAACAAAGUCUUCGAGACGAGUCUCAAACAGUCAAAAGGAAAGCCGAAGUACUCGUUCUUCGAUGGACCUCCAUUCGCCACGGGAUUACCUCACUACGGUCACAUCCUUGCUGGAACGAUAAAGGACAUCGUCACGAGGUAUGCUCACCAGAAAGGAUACCAUGUGGAACGUCGAUUUGGUUGGGACACACAUGGCCUUCCUGUGGAGUUUGAGAUCGACAAAGCUUUGGGGAUAAAGGGCCCUGAGGAUGUCGAGAAAAUGGGGAUUGAGAAUUACAACAAGGAGUGCAGGAACAUUGUCAUGAGAUACGCAGAUGAAUGGGAGAGAAUAGUAACGAGAGUGGGAAGGUGGAUUGAUUUCAAGAACGAUUACAAAACUCUGUACCCUUGGUACAUGGAGUCCAUAUGGUGGAUCUUCAAGGAGCUCUUUAACAAGGGUCUGGUCUACCAGGGUGUGAAGGUGAUGCCGUAUUCAACGGGCUGCAACACUCCUUUAUCCAAUUUCGAAUCAGGCCAGAAUUACAAACAAGUCAUUGAUCCAUCGGUAUUUAUCACAUUUCCACUCCUGAAUGAGAAAGGACCAGCUGGGGAGACGGUCUGCCUCGUCGCCUGGACAACUACCCCCUGGACUCUACCCAGUAAUUUAGCUCUGUGUUGCAACCCCAAUUUUGAGUACGUGAAGGUCAGCGAUAAAGCCUCGAAGAGGAUCUUUAUUCUACUGGAGGUCGCCCUGGAGAGGGUCUACAAAUCGAGCGAUCUUUACGAAGUCAUUGGGAAGGUCAAGGGGUCAGAGCUGAAGGGAAAGAGCUACGAGCCACUAUUUUCUUAUUUCGAAGACCUGCGGAAAAAACAAAACGCAUUCAGAGUUCUCAACGAUAAUUACGUCACUGGAGACACUGGAACAGGAAUCGUUCACCAGGCGCCUUACUUCGGUGAGGACGAUUACAGGUGCUGCCUGGAGGCUGGAAUAAUAACCAGAGAUCAGGAGCCAAUUUGUCCAGUGGACAGCGCAGGAAGAUUCACUGAUGAGGUGUCAGAUUUCAAGGGGAUGUACGUGAAGGAUGCGGAUAAGGAAAUUGUUAAGAAUCUCCUGGCAUCAGGAAAAUGUGUCAAAUACGUUGGUCACUCUCACAGCUAUCCUUACUGCUGGAGAUCAAACACUCCCCUGAUCUACAAAGCAGUUCCAUCCUGGUUCAUAAGAGUGGAGGCCGUCAAAGAUAAAUUAUUAUCAUCGAACAGUGAGACGUACUGGGUACCUGAUUACGUCAAGGACAAACGAUUUGGUAAUUGGUUGAGAGACGCCAGGGACUGGGCCAUCAGCAGGAACAGAUACUGGGGGAAUCCCAUGCCCUUGUGGAUCUCGGAAGAUAGGAAAGAGGUCGUCUGUGUGGGGAGUAUUGCCGAGUUGGAGAAACUGACAGGACAGAAGGUAUCCGACCUCCACAGGGAGUCCAUCGAUCACCUGACAAUUCCAUCGAGGAGACCCGGAUGUCCACCAUUGCGCAGGAUAUCUGAAGUCUUUGACUGUUGGUUUGAGUCCGGAUCCAUGCCCUAUGCACAGCUGCAUUAUCCUUUUGAGAAAGUCAAGGACUUUGAGGAGACUUUCCCUGCUGAUUUCAUCGCUGAAGGUAUUGAUCAGACAAGAGGAUGGUUCUACACCCUCUUGGUGAUCUCAACAGCUCUUUUCGACAAGCCGCCAUUCAAAAAUCUCGUUUGUAAUGGCUUGAUCCUGGCAUCCGAUGGACAGAAAAUGUCGAAGAGCAAGAAGAAUUAUCCGGAUCCUAUGGAGGUUGUGGACAGAUUUGGAGCUGAUGCCUUGAGGCUUUACCUCAUCAACUCGCCGGUUGUCAGAGCUGAAAAUUUGAGAUUCAAAGAGGAGGGCGUCAGAGACAUCAUCAAGGACGUAUUUCUACCUUGGUACAAUGCCUUCAGAUUCCUCCAGCAGAACAUCGACAGAUACGAAACUGAUGAGAAAACCACAUUCAUUUACAACGAGAGUGAAAACGAAUUGAAUAACAUUUCUAACAACAUCAUGGACAAGUGGAUUAUUUCAUUCACCCAGACUCUUCUGGAGUUCCUGAAGAAGGAGAUGAAGGGGUACAGACUGUACACAGUAGUACCAAGGCUUAUUAAGUACAUUGACAACCUGACAAACUGGUAUGUCAGGAUGAACAGGAGGAGAAUAAAGGGUGACAACGGCCCUGAGGACUGCAGAAGAGCUCUCAACACUCUCUUCACUGUAAUCUACACGAUGACUCGUAUCAACGCCCCCUUCACUCCGUUCCUGAGUGAAUUCAUGUACCAGAGGAUUGUGCAUCUCCUCCCAAAAGCCCCGAAACAAGACUCAGCAGAGUCUGUCCACUACCAGAUGAUUCCCGAGCCGAAUCUACAACUGGUUGAUGAAAAAAUCGAGAGGUCCGUGUCGUACAUGCAGACUGUCAUCGAGCUCGGAAGAAUUGUCAGAGAUAGGAAGACAAUUCCGGUUAAAUAUCCUCUCCCAGAGAUUGUGGUUAUCCAUCAGGACGAGAUGAUCCUCGAGGAAAUUGUGAAUCUCAAGUCCUAUAUUCUGGAGGAGCUCAACGUCAAGGAGUUGACAGUAACAACUGACAAACAGAAGUACGGAGUCUGUUUGAGAGCAGAGCCUGAUCACAAAACCCUUGGAUUCAGACUCAAGGGUGAGUUCAAAGGUAUAAUUCAAGCCAUCAAGGACUUGUCAGAUGCUCAACUCCAGGAGUUUCUAGUCUCCAAGAAAAUCGUUGUUAAUAAUCAUGAACUUGGGGAGGAAGAUCUUCGCCUGAUGUUCAGCUUCUCAGGACCAACAGCUCAACAAUUGUCCAUGAAAUACGAGGCACAUUGCGAGGGUAAUGUCUUGAUUCUGCUGGAUGUCACGCCUGAUGAGAGCAUGCAGCACGAGGGCAUCGCUAGGGAAAUCAUCAACAGGAUUCAGAGACUCAGGAAAAAGGCUCAAUUAGUGCCCACUGAUGAGGCUGAGGUCUACUAUGACAUAUCCGAUAAGGACUCGUCUCUUUACAAGGUCAUUGGGGAUUACAAAGAGUUCAUUGAGGGGAUCACGAAGACUCCUCAGAGAGAGCUGGGCGGUGCAUCUGGGGGAGAUGCCAUCAUCGAAGAGAUGCAGAAGAUCAAGGGAGUUGAAAUGAAACUGGUGCUUGUGAAGAAGGGAGGGAGCAAGGCAGAUGAACCUGUCUGCAAGUAUGUCAACAUCAUUCUGGAAGGAAUGGAGCCGAGGUAUGGAGCUACCAGUGUCAAUGGUACUGUCUUCCUGGAGAACCAGAAGGACGGAACCGGAAUUACUCUGAAGCAGCUCAGGCGUGAAAUAGACAUAAUUUUUGGGCUCUUGGGAAGGAACUUUGACAUCUACUUCGAGGGGAAGAAAGUGGAGGGGGACUUCGAGUGUCAAAACAUGAAUAAGAAAACUAUAAUCAUUGUUAAGGCUGAUGAGAUCCCGAAACAAGUGUCUGGAGGGAGCCAAAAACCUUUUUGUAAAUUCGUUAAUCAGGAGAUCAACAAUAGAAUUUACUCAAUUUUCCUGGAAAAUCCUCAGGGAUUCGUGUUGAAUAAUCUCGAAGGCAUGAGGGAAAUGUUCAACUGAUAUGUAGAGCCAACAUUGAACUAGUUCAAAGAAAAUUUUUUUAAUUUAUUUGGCGGAUGGACAAAGCAAUUUUGUAAACGACUAAUUCGAAUAAACUAUUAAAUAAUA